AUGGCACCUCUGAACGCGACCGAUGGCACUGCGGCACCUUCCAUGCUCAGUCUGACACCGCCCCUGAUGACCAAAUGGAAACCUGCUAAAAUAUUCAAAACUGCAGUCGAACCGCAAACUCCACCGUCACCCGGGACUCCUCCAUCCCGACCACAGAAUAACGGUCCAAGACACAUUACUGGCAUAAGUUUCGACGACCGAGGGGACCAAGUCAUCACUGCCGCGGAGGACGAAACCUUCCGACUACCUUUGAAAACCCUUUACUCGAAAAAAUAUGGUGUCGACUUACCGCGUUUCACGCACAAGAAUACCGCCAUUGUACAUGCCUCGACGAAAGAGGACGAUACCGUGCGAUACCACUCUCUGCACGACAAUAAGUACUUGCAGUACUUUAAGGGUCACAAAGGGCGAGUAGUAUCUCUUGAGGUUUCCCCUGUGGACGAUGGAUUCAUGUCCGGAUCUAUGGACAAGACGGUGCGCUUGUGGGACCUUCGCACCCCAACUUGCCGAGGCCUCUUAAACCUCCCUUCCACGCCAAUUGUUGCCUACGACGCUUCUGGGUUAGUCUUUGCAACCGGUGUUAACCACUACUCCCGCAUCCUACUGUAUGACCAGGCAAAUUUCGACAAGGCGCCGUUCCUUGUCAUUACUCUCGAGGAUCCCACGCUUGCGCUCAUAAGCUUCCCACCACGGGCCAUAUAUAUGACGUCGCUGUCGUUCUCGUCGAACGGGAAGUAUUUACUGGUGGGUUGUUCCGGGGACGCUCACUACAUCGUGGAUGCCUUUGAAGGACACCUUCUCGCCAAGCUUGUUGGACACGUUGGGUUGGAGCGGAGAAAGAUAACUACACCCAUUGGUAUCGAGCCUCAAAGAGGAUGCAGUGGAGAGGAGGUCUCAUGGACGCCAGAUAGCAAGUAUGUGGUAGGCGGGAGUCUGGAUGGGAAAGUGAUUGUCUGGGAUAUUCAGAAGUUGCCGGAAAAGCAAGGGCCUGUGGAUUUAAAAGCCCAUCCUUUCCGUCUGUCACCAUUAGCAAGCUUAGACGGACAUCCUGGUCCCUCCAGGUGUGUGAAGUUUAGCCCACGGUUUGCUAUGAUGUGCACUGCUGGCGCUGAGUUGGCAUUCUGGCUUCCCGACCAGUCUGGCGAACCGGAUGAGAUCGCAAAGGAGUUGCUCAAGAAGAGAGGAGGGUAA